AUGAGUGACGAUGAAGGUAUGCUGUUAAAUUUUACAACCGAUGAGGUUGAUAAUAUCCCUAGUAACAAACCUACACCCAAAAUAGUUGGUGGUAGCUGGAGAGAGAGAAGAACGCUAAAAAUGCAAUUAGGAGGUACAAGAAACGCUAAAAAAGAAGGUGAUGAUGUUAUUGCCCAAAAUACUGGCAAAACCUUUGAAGAAAUUCAGGAAUCGAUGUUUUCGAAGGACAAUUCAUCAUCUUUAAAAAAAUCUCAAAAGAAGUCUGAAAAACUAUCUGAAAAAACAUUACAAGAAAAUACUUCAAACAAAACUUCAAGUGGUAAACAUAUCCAGGUAAACUCACAAAUAGUUUCAUCUUUAUUUACAUCUAAUAGAGAUAUCGUUACAUCUACAAAUGAUAAUGCUCGUAAUGAAAGCGAACCUAUCCAACCAACUAAUGCCCCCAUGCUAAAAGAAUCCUUUGAAUGGUUUAAUAUCCCAGAAUUCGUUACUUCUCAUCUAACUGAAAAGUUAAGGAUUCAGAAACCUACAAGUAUUCAAUCUUUAGCUAUUCCUGCUCUAUUAAAUAAAAAGGACAACGAUUUAUUUAUCCAUGCUCAGACAGGUUCAGGUAAAACUUUGGCAUAUCUAUUACCUAUCUUGUCUAAAAUUUUAAAUAUGAAGGCAAGAAUCGAUCGUAAAUCAGGAGCAUUCGCUGUGAUAAUUGCUCCAACGAGAGAAUUGGCUCAACAAAUUUAUCAAGUAUCCAUUUCUUUGAUGGGCUGCUGCCAUUACUUAGUUCCAUGCUUAUUAAUCGGUGGUGAAAGUAAAAAAUCUGAAAAAGCUAGAUUACGUAAAGGUUGCAACUUCAUUAUAGGUACACCAGGGCGUAUCUUAGAUCAUUUACAAAAUACCAAGGUGAUUAGAGAACAAUUUAGCCAAUCAUUAAGAUAUAUUAUUCUCGACGAAGGUGAUAAAUUAAUGGAGUUGGGUUUUGAAGAAACAAUUUCUCAAAUUCUUCAAAUUAUUCAUGGCGUUACUAUAGAUACAAGAAAGUUUCCAGCUCUGCCUUCUAGAAUUGUUCAUAUUUUAUGCAGUGCUACUAGACAAGGUAAAAUUAAAGAUUUGGGCAAUAUUGCCUUAAAAGAUUAUCAAUUAAUUAGUAGCGGGAAACAUAAAAAUAAAGGUGCUAGUGAAGAGAAAAUAUCUGUCCCAGACCAGUUGGUACAGUAUAUCUCAGUUGUUCCACCUAAAUUGAGACUUGUUACGCUUGCAGGUGUGCUAAAUAAUAUCACACGUAAAAACCAAGUUUUAGGUGAUGCUAGAAAAACAACUAGAACAAUUAUUUUCUUUUCGUGUGCUGAUAGUGUUGAUUUUCACUAUUCUACAUUUUCAUCUAGUGAUGGUCAUUCACGCAAUUUACUCGGCGAGUCUGUAAGAAUUUUAUCAACAGGCAACACUAUCUUUCCAUGCUUGAAUCCUGAGGAAGAUCCAAACAUUAUUUGCUAUAAAUUACAUGGUUCUUUAUCACAACAAAUGAGAACAUCUACAUUAAAGCAUUUCUCACAAGAUAAUGAUAGUACAAAUGGUAAACAUUUAAUACUUUUCUGUACGGAUGUUGCAAGUAGAGGUUUAGAUUUGCCAAAUAUUGGUACUGUUAUUGAAUUUGAUCCACCUUUUUCUGUGGAAGAUCAUUUGCAUCGUAUUGGUCGUACAGCUCGUGCUGGCCAAAAGGGUGAAUCUGUUUUAUUCUUAUUACCAGGGGAAGAAGAAGGUUAUAUGGAUUAUAUCAAACCAUAUCAUCCAAAAGGUUGGAAAUUAUUGAACUUUUCCCAGAAUAUUUUACAACCUGCUUUUCAAGAUGCCACAGUAAACAGAAACGAUAGAGCUAAGAAAAAGCCAAGUAAUAUCAAUGAAUGGGAUACAAAUGCUACAACUUGGCAUCUAAACAUUGAAAGAAGAGCCAUAGAAGAUCCUGCAUUCAAAGGUUUAGCUGUUCAAGGUUAUACAAGCCACGUUCGUGCAUAUGCUACCCAUAUUUCCAAAGAAAAACAAUUUUUCAAUAUUAAAUUCUUACAUUUAGGUCAUUUGGCCAAGAGUUUUGCAUUAAGGGAAAGACCAAAAAGUAUGGCAAUUCAAAGAGAAAAUGAAAAAAAGAGAAAGGCUAAGAUUGAAGAAGAUGAAGAAGAUUAUAAGAAACCACUUGCCGAUGAUAAAAUAAAUAAGAAUAAAAUGUGGAAAAUGGCUCGUAUGGCCGUUAGAGAAGCAGCUAGUGAAUUUAACUAUUAA